CAGCAGGAAGUUAGCCGGCUAGCCAAGCAGCUAAGUGCAGACUUCAACACCAUUUACGUCAUUGGUGGUUAGAAUACCAGGAAAUGGCUGAAUCUAGUCGGAGCAUUCUGUACUUUUUAAUUUAAGCCAACUAUGAAGAUUGGCAACUGGCCUGAAUGGCCCUGUCUAUUGCUCGUGUAAACUCUGGGGCUCCGAUUCUAAUUUCACAUUAGUCGCGGAUGAUGAUGAGUUAUUCUGAAGUCACACUUGUGAUUUUGAAGACACUACGGAGGUAACAUUUGGCAUGUUUGUGUUGCCUGUAUAGACGACGUUCUCUGUUCCAAGUCAACGAAGAGGACGCUCUUCACGGUGGUCUGGUGGAGGACCGGUCCAGUCCUCCGUUUUGGACCAUCGAAACAACUGUUCUUCGCUAUUUUCUAUAUGUGUGUCUUGGCGACAUGUCUGUCUCGACGAAUUUGUGGGUUCUCAACUUGCUAUGUUUGACAGUUUCAAGUAAUCUGGAUCUUGCAGCCAGUUCUGUUCAUUUUGAGAGGUCACUGAAAGUUCUUCAUGACAGACAAGGGGAAAUCCGCAGCACUGCUCACCACUCGUGGUCCAUGCGGUCGAUCAACUGUAGCUGGAUGAUAGUGGCAGCCAUAGGGGAACCUGUGAUAAUAAGCUUCUCACAGUUUACGGUCAGAUGUGGGCGAGACUGGAUCACCAUAACAACCUCUACCAACAAACCCAUCUCCCUGUGCGGAACGCAGCGACCUGGACCAAUCGAAUUAACUGGGGGAAACGUUACUGUGACUCACCACUUUUUCCCACGCUAUGCCCAAUCAGUGUUUCACCUGUCCUACAUUAAAGGCUCUGCGCCCUGUGGCUUUGAAGAGUUCAGGUGCCUGACGGGGCACUGUGUGCCAAUGGCUUGGCGCUGCAAUGGCCAGAGCGAGUGUCUGGGAGAGGUGAGUUCCUUUGGCUCGGACGAGCGAGACUGUGACGACAACGACGAGGACUACGACAUCUACGAUCGCGUCCUCAAGGCAACGACGAGCAAGACGACCACCACCACCACCUCUCCCCCCACUACCCCCAUGGCAGACGAAUGGUGGCAGGUCCGGAAGACCCCCGGCGUGAUGCCCGGACCGCACAACGGAACGUGCGGAGGGGUUCUGCACAGCUUCUACGGCUCGUUUUGGCCGGCAUCGCUGAUGGUGCCACCUAAGGAGUGCGUGUGGACGGUGGAUCCCCAGGACCCUCGCCCCCUGCGUCUCGAGCUGCAGAUGUUGGAGCUGGGACCGGGAGACACGAUCAACAUCACUGACCAGGCGUUUGGCUCAGGCCACGUCAUCAAAACGAUCACCUGCGCGUCCAACUUCCAACUGUUGGACGUGAAGUCCCAAACCGGCGUGCUCUCCCUGAUCUACCACACGGUGCCCGCCUCCGAGGGGCGGGGCUUCAACGCCACCUACCGCAUCGAGGGCUACUGCCUGCCGUGGGAGGGCGUGUGCGGCGGCUCGGAGGGCGGCUGCUACACGCAGAAGCAGCGCUGCGACGGGCACUGGGACUGCGCCGCCACCGGCCGCGACGAGGAGGGCUGCAUGGGCUGCCCGCGAGGUCACUUCCCCUGCGGGGCGCCGGGGAUGCCCCACGGCUCGGGGCGCUACGGCGGGCGGCCGGUCUGCUUCACGCUCAAGGACCGCUGCAACUACCAGCUGAACUGCGUCGACGGCAGCGACGAGAGGGAGUGCACCAUCUGCCAGCUCGGGACCUUCCACUGCGACAAGGACAGGUGUGUGGUGGAGAGCUGGCGCUGUGACGGCCAGGCGGACUGCAAGGACGGCACCGACGAGAUGAACUGCCCUCUGACCUUGCCGCGAAAGGUCAUCACGGCCGCCACGGUGGGCAGCCUGGUGUGCGGGCUGCUGCUGGUCAUCGCUAUGGGCUGCACGUGCAAGCUUUACUCGCUACGCACUCGCGAGUACAGCAUGUUCGCUCCAAUCAGCCGUCAAGAGGCCGAGUUCAUCCAGCAGCAGGCUCCUCCCUCUUAUGGUCAGCUGAUCGCCCAAGGAAUCAUUCCGCCAGUGGAGGACUUCCCCACCGAGAAUCCUAAUGAGACGACCUCGCUGUCUCUCCGAAGCAUCCUCCAGCUUCUCCGCCACGACAACAGCUCCUCGCCCAGGCGUCGGCGCCGUCCCCGAUUCGUCCGGCGGGCCGUGCGUCGCCUGCGGAGGUGGGGGCUCAUGCCCAGGCCGACCCCCAGGCCCUCCCAGACCGCCGGCUCCUCGUCUGCCAACCCCACGGAGACCCCGGCCGCUGCGGGCUCCGAGCCCUCCACCCAGGCCAGCCCGGGAGGCUCGGCAGUGACCAGGGAGAGCACCAACCAGCCACUGCCCCAGAAGGCCGGCCUGGUGGUGUCGCAGAGUGACCAACAACAACAACAACAACAACAGCAGCUGCAGCAGGCACUUCCACAGACCCCAGACACAGCCCCAGUCCCUCUUCCAGCGUCCACUGCCACCACCACCCCUGCACCGGUCGCCCCGGCGACGGCUCCCGAGGCGGCCCGCAGCGUUCCGGUCAGCGUGCCCCCCAGCAGCCCCUCCCUGCUGUCCAUCUUCCACUCUCUGGGGCUCAACAUCUCCCUGUUCAGGCCCAGCCCAGCGCCCUCGCCCCCCUCCCUGCCCCUCUCCGCAUCCCCCUCCUUCUCCUCCUCCUACUCGGAGGACGAGGUGCUGCUCAUCCCUCUGUCUGAGGACGCCAACUCUGACGAUGACGUGCCAAUGCUCACCUGAACCCCCCUCUCUCUUCCCCGGACCCCUCCUGCCCCCGCCCCGUUUCCCCCUGCCCCCUCGUCACCACCCCCCUAAAUUAUGAGUCCCAGCACUGCGGGGUACCCAUAAUGCACUCCUGCGCUGGCCUUGUGCCUUCUUUCCUGUGUACUGAUUUUUGCGAUAUCGCAUAGGAUUUAUUGAUAAGAAAAAAAAGUGGUGUGCGUGUGUGUGUGUGUGUGUGUGUGUGUGUGUGUAUGUGUACAUAAGUGUGUAUGUGAGGUGAAGUGGGCUGCAUAUGUGUUUCAAAACAAGCGUUAUGAGCAAAGCAGAUCAACUUUGCACAGAGGAUCAGAGGAUCUGCCUCCCUGGAACGAGUGUUUUAUUUCCUGACUUUUGCUACUGAUGUAAGAGGUGAUUUAAUGAUAGGGUUCCCUCACAAUGUAUUUUUAAGCUUAUGAAAGACGGCUUUGUGUAUGUACGUGUGUGUGUGAGAGAGAGAGAGUGUGUGUGUGUGUGAGAGAGAGAGGAUCACAUUUAUGCUGGCCUCCCAAAAACCGUAUCCAGUUAUCAGUGACGAAUAGUCACUUAAGUGCCUUUUUAAAUCACCCUCUCACAGGAUUUCACAAAUCACCCAUGAGAUUAUGUGGACUAAGACACAACAUGUUUACUAACACAUGCACAAAUCUUUCCCGUUAUCAAUGAAUUACCCCCCCACCCCCCCACUCCCCUUCACAUACUGACGGAAUGGAAGACGGGGGCACGCUUUGGGUGAAGUUGUAAUGUUCACCCAUUAACGCUGAAGAGGCACGCUAGCUGUAUAAACUUGUGGACUUGGCUAUUUAGCUUCCUUGGUAGAGCACUUUACGUCCAACUGCAAUGCAAACCACCCCACAAUCGAGCCUGCACGUAACUUUCGACAGGCUGGAAGUUCUUCUUUGGAACCAGUCAAAACUGCAUUCUGUCUCACCCACUUGUAUAUCAGCCUGCAGAUAAGUGUGUUUGUGUGUGAUAAAGUUACUUGUGUGUAGGAAGAAAUGUGACUUUGCUGAAAAGAUACUUCCUUAAUUAUUAGUAGUGGGCUUAGUCUGACGAAGGAUGAGUUAUCAACAUCCUCAUAUCAGAGUCAUUCCCUUGCCAUGCCAAUCAUUUUGUACAAUCAUUUUGAAGCAAAUGAAGUACAGUGAAGGAAUGAGAUGAAACUAGAUGGUGCCAUACUUAUCUUUAAAGAAAAAAAAAAAAACAAGUGGCAAACUGUUUUCUUGUUGUUAAGACUUUCUAGUUCUAUGUUUUCAAACCCUGGUGUAUUAACUUCUUUUUCAUUGAAUGUACAUGAUUGAUUUUUAGUGGUUGGAUUGAUUGUAAAUGCCAUAUUUGGGGGGGGAGUAAAAAAGAUAAAUUUAUGUGGAUGAGGCAUGUGCUAAAACUCCACAACUUCCACUGAUAAAGAUGAUUUGCACUUUUAAA